AUGGCUUUGGCGUCUUUUCCAGUCGUUAUCCAUCGAUAUAAACGAUCCGUCUUCCAAGUGGGCGGCUAUGAAGCAUAUGGAAACUUGGCAGAAUAUCUUCCAAAGGAGAUCUUUGACCAACGCAUGGCGACAAUUCGAGCGAUUGUCAAGGAGAGAUACCCCCAUAUUUAUCCCGAAACAUACAUGUUUAUGGCAGCCGUGGUUUUGGUAGUUGCUACUGCCGCUCUUGCUAUCCUCGGACGCACCCUUGAUAUAGUUAUUUGGUUUCCUCUCUUGAUUUUGAUCGCACCCGCUGUCCUUGCUUAUGGCACGACACGCCGCCGUAGUCAGCAUCAACGUAGAUUUUUGGCUUUCCAGGAUGUACUGCAUUUAUGUCUCAAAGACAUGACUGCACAAGAUCUCACGCAUCAUGUGAAAUGGGAUUAUCGACGAUUACGAGAAGGGGAUACGGCACAACUGCUCAACUUGAGCCGACCUUUGUCAAGUUGGACGGUUAGCUUGGUUGUAGAGGCGAUCCAGAUUGACCCGGAAAUGGAUCUAAACAGAGAAAUGGGUGAAGCGCUGCCAAGUUAUGGCGAUGCAACAAGAGAUAUCGUAUUGGAUAUUGGC